AGAUGGUAUGCAUGAUGGUAGUUUGCACAUGCAGGCAUGUGGGUUCACAGCUGAGAGCCUCAAGGGGGCCUUGGUUCCGUGCCUCGCGCCUAGCGCAAAAGCAGAAGCCCAAGCAAAAGCAAAAGCACAAGCAAAAGCAAAAGCACAAGCAAAAGCAAAAGCAAAAGCACAAGCAAAAGCAAAAGCAAAAGCACAAGCAAAAGCAAAAGCACAAGCACAAGCACAAGAAAAAGCAAAAGCAAAAGCACAAGCAAAAGCAAAAGCACAAGCAAAAGCAAAAGCAAAAGCACAAGCAAAAGCAAAAGCACAAGCAAAAGCAAAAGCACAAGCAAAAGCAAAAGCACAAGCAAAAGCAAAAGCAAAAGCACAAGCAAAAGCAAAAGCAAAAGCACAAGCACAAGCAAAAGCAAAAGCACAAGCACAAGCACAAGAAAAAGCAAAAGCAAAAGCACAAGCAAAAGCAAAAGCACAAGCACAAGCAAAAGCAAAAGCAAAAGCAACAGCAAAAGCAAAAGCAAAAGCAAAAGCAAAAGCACAAGCAAAAGCAAAAGCAAAAGCACAAGCACAAGCACAAGCACAAGCAAAAGCAAAAGCAAAAGCAAAAGCAAAAGCACAAGCACAAGCACAAGCAAAAGCAAAAGCACAAGCACAAGCAAAAGCAAAAGCAAAAGCAAAAGCACAAGCACAAGCAGAAGCAGAAGCAGAAGCAAAAGCAAAAGCACAAGCAAAAGCAAAAGCAAAAGCACAAGCACAAGCAAAAGCAAAAGCAAAAGCACAAGCACAAGCAAAAGCAAAAGCAAAAGCAAAAGCAAAAGCAAAAGCACAAGCACUAGCAGAAGCAAAAGCAAAAGCAAAAGCAAAAGCACAAGCACAAGCAGAAGCGAAAGCAAAAGCACAAGCAAAAGCAAAAGCAAAAGCACAAGCACAAGCAAAAGCAAAAGCAUGGCUGAAUCGGCUGGCGCUGGUUGAGAGACACGAGCAUGGCUUCACGUCGCAGCCUUGUCGCAGCAGUCGCGCGUCCACAGCCCCGGCGGGCGCCACGAUGCUCACGCGGUCGCCCGCCCUCACUGCCGGGGGCGGGGCGGGACGCGACGGCGCGCUGCUGCGGUUUGGCAUGGCGGUCGUGGUGACGCUGAAGAUGACGCGUCGCGUGCAGUCUGCUGGCAGGGUUGCGGUGCGAGCCACGACGUCUAGCCGUUGCUACCUCGUGUUGAGGUGA